AUGGAUUUUCCAACAAUUAAUAGAACAGAGACUUUAUCAAGAGUAUGCGACAAUGGCAUAUGUCAUUGUGAUUGGCGACUGACAUUACAAGAUUGUAUCGAAAUGAGAUUAUUAUCAAGUACAAUACUUAUUGCUGAUAUAUGUCCUGAUUUUAUCUCUAGAGCUUUUAUGUUUGAAUUCCCCUGGCAAUUUGGAUAUGGCGCCUUUGCUCUUUAUCUGAUUGGAAUUGCACAAACAUUAGCUGAUAGUCAUAAAGUGAUUGCUAAUAAUUGGUUGCCUUCACCAAGACUUGUCGACAUUAUCGGCUGUACAAUCUUUUUAGCACCCUUUAUUAUUAAUAAUGUUAUGUCUUUAGCAGCAGGCAUCUUGGCUCAAAAAGAUUUAAAAUUAGCUAAAGUAUUUACACGUCUUUUAUAUAUCUUUUGGUUUAUUCAUUGUUUUUGUCUUGCCGUCUCUGUUGUCUUUUCUGGUUUUCGACUGACUCGCAUUUUGAAAAAUCAUUUGAACAAAUUCAACACAACAGGUCCUCGCUAUGUUUCCGUGAAAACGGGUAUUUUUAAGAUCAGAGCUGUCAUGAGUAUUAUUGGUGUUUGUUUGAUCAUGUUUGCUGUCUUCUUGCUAAUGUUUGGUAUUUUAAGAGAAAAAAUUAUUGUUAAUCUAUUAGGAUCAAUUAUUUUGGGUGCCUUUUGGAACUUUUUAGGUGUCGUUACUACCUUGGGUGUAGAGCUUGCCAUUAUUUUCAAUCCUAAAAUUGAUGACAAUACAUCGUUUGGAUUGAAAGCCAACAAUAAUAAUCCCAGUACGUCAGAAAAAAUUUCUGAUAACGAAAUAGUCGGCCAAUAUGUCACUUACUCAAACAUCACCACAAGUCAAGAAUAUUCACCAAGUAAUAAUAAACAUCAAGAUAUAUCAAAUAAUAGCACUUUUGAUGAAUUAAAACUACAACAACUUCAAUAUCAGGGAGUAUUUCAAAAGUAUAGUCAACUCCAAACAUGCCAUAAUGAAUUAAAGCCUAAUUAUGUUAAUAAUUCAAUCAGUCUAGCUCAUUCUGAUGCGAGGCAAAUGAAAGUCUCUGCUGAUAGUGCCCCUUUACAAGUUGAUGAGUAUCAUCCUGGUCUCAAGAAAUUCAACAACAACGAAAAAAUUACAUUUCCUAGUCAUUCUCCACAACUUUUUGCUCACCUUGAAGAGGAAAAUAUUUUAGACGACGGUGAACACUCUCAAAUGAAUUUGGUAGAAUACAUGACAAAAAGUUAGAUUUAUUUACAUGUUAAUACUUAAUAUACAAAUUAUACCAUUUGCUUCUUUUAUCAUUAAAAAAAAAAUGAAUGAAAAGAAUUAGAAUAAUGCUUAAAUAU